CGACUUCUUGCAGACGGCGUCACUCGACUCUGAAUACGGAAAUACGCCAAAAACACAAACUGUGCGGAAUUUUUGCAAUAUUUUCAAGGGAUUCGAAGCCUGUUGGCACGCAGGUGCUGCACGGCAGCAAGCAUAGUCUGCGCGAGAUGGCCUACCGCCAGAGCGGAAAGCAGCGGCAUCGUGGCCCCACUCCACUGGCGUCCAUGUCAUCGCAGAGGAUGGUGUGGCCAUGGUCCACGAACGUCUGCGCAUUGUGGUUGUGGCGCGGGGUGACCAGCCGUUUGUGUCCAACGAUGGGAACGUGGUGCUGGUGGCCAACGGAGAGAUCUACAACUACCUGGAGCUGUCGGCGGAGAUAGCAAAGCGGCUUGGAACCUACAAGCCGAAGAGUGACUGUCACGUCAUCCUGGAGUUGUACGAGGUCUAUGGGGAGGAUCUACUGACUCCAGCCUGAUUGCCGCGAUCGCCACGAAGAUCAUGCGGGAGAAGGACCCUCACUAUCGCCUGAAGACCUUCUCUGUGGGUCUGGCCGAUGCGCCCGACUUUAAGGCGGCCCGCCACGUGGCCAAGUACAUCGACAGUGACCACAAGGAAAUCGUCUUCCAAAUUGAUGAGGCCCUAGACGGGAUCCGCGAUAUUGUCUAUCACCUGGAGACCUAUGACGUCACCACCGUGCACUGCAGCCUGCCAAUUCCGGAUCGCCCGUUGGAGGAGCCACAUCCAACAUGUUAAGGUUCGCAUCUCUCCCACGCGUCCGAAGCGGGCUUCGCCCGGCGUAAACGUCUCAACUUUGCUACAAGUGUCCACCACGCACUUCAUUUCGGAGGCCACCCACAUGUUACCGGCCUUAUCCUCGCCGAUGUACAUGGGAAUGAUGCCAAAGGGAUCCCUGGCAAGGAGCACUUGCUUCGUGCGUUUGUCGUACAGGGCGAAGGCGAACAUUCCGGUGAUGUGGCUCAGUAGAUCCUCCCCAUAGACCUCGUACAACUCCAGGAUGACGUGACAGUCACUCUUCGGCUUGUAGGUUCCAAGCCGCUUUGCUAUCUCCGCCGACAGCUCCAGGUAGUUGUAGAUCUCUCCGCUGGCCACCAGCACCACGUUCCCAUCGUUGGACACAAACGGCUGGUCACCCCGCGCCACAACCACAAUGCGCAGACGUUCGUGGACCAUGGCCACACCAUCCUCUGCGAUGACAUGGACGCCAGUGGAGUCGGGGCCACGAUGCCGCUGCUUUCCGCUCUGGCGGUAGGCCAUCUCGCGCAGACUAUGCUUGCUGCCGUGCAGCACCUGCGUGCCAACAGGCUUCGAAUCCCUUGAAAAUAUUGCAAAAACUCCGCACAUUUUGUGUUUUUGGCGUAUUUCCGUAUUCAGAGUCGAGUAACGCCGAGUAACGCAGUAAAGAAAACGAUAUGCAAAUUA